CGCAGCUCGUCCUCCAGACCGGCGGCGGCGCUGGAUCGCUCUGCUGGGACCGGUAGUGUGAGUUGGAGCUCGGCAUUAAGCUGCUGGCACGGGCUGGUUGGUCGCUCGGUUGACGGUAGUAGCCAUGGCUCGACUCGCUGCGCUGCUGCUGCUGCUACCGGUUCUUUUUGAAUCCGUUCACUCCAUCUCGUUCUUUCUACCGGUCAACUCGAGGAAGUGUUUACGGGAGGAGAUCCACAAAGACGUGCUGGUGACGGGGGAGUAUGAAAUAACCGAGCAGCCGAACACCAAAACUAAUCUGAAGAUCACAGAUUCCUCCAGUCACACUCUUUACUCCAAGGAAGAUGCAACAAAAGGAAAGUUUGCGUUCACCACAGAGGACUAUGACAUGUUUGAGGUGUGCUUUGAGAGCAAAUCACCCCUGGGAACUGGAAGAGUACCUGACCAGCUUGUCAAUCUUGACAUGAAGCAUGGUGUGGAGGCCAAAAACUAUGAAGAGAUUGCCAAGGUGGAGAAGCUGAAGCCUCUUGAGGUUGAGCUGCGGCGACUUGAGGACUUGUCAGAGUCCAUCGUCAAUGACUUCGCUUACAUGAAGAAGAGAGAGGAGGAGAUGAGGGACACCAAUGAGUCCACCAACACACGUGUUCUGUACUUCAGCAUAUUCUCCAUGUGCUGUCUCAUUGGGCUGGCCACAUGGCAGGUGUUCUACUUGCGGCGCUUCUUCAAGGCAAAGAAGCUGAUCGAGUAGAGCGGCCCCUUAUACUUUAGCUCCUUACCUCCGGGGAAGCUACUGGUCAGCAAACACAUCCCAACAUCCACCCUCCUUGGACUAGCUUCAGCAAACAACAGCAAGUGGGGUUGAGGGGCUCGAAUUCUAGUUUUCAUAUCUGUGAGAGAGUACCAAGGUUGUCCUCAGAAAAAAAAGAUUCACCUGCUUAUUUAGGGGUUUUAAACAUGAAAAGCGCUGUAGGGAGAAAUGCACUGUGAGGCAUGGGAGGCACGUGUCAUUGCGUGUCCGUCCCCAUGGUACUUCACGUUUCUGUCUGCACUGUUUUUGAAUGUUGCGGCUUGCUGAAUAAGAACUUGUUCCUCCAAUCAGUUGAACAGUGAUGUUUGAUUUUCAGCUCAGUUUGAAUGGAUGUGCCAUGAGCGAAUGUCUUUUGCCCUUCUGUUGAUGUACACAUUCUUUGCCAUGCCAAGCAGACAAGAUCCUUGGUGCCCUUUCGAUCAAGUGAAGGCUGUUCAAAAAAAUGUGGUCUGUUGUUACCUUCACUCGGCAACCACUGAACUUCUGUGUUAUGUCACUUAAUUUGCAUACAUGUUUGGUAGCUAAAUUUAACAGUGUCUUUAGUUUGUUUUCAUAUUGUAAAUGCUACUUAGUUGCUUCUACAGCUAUAUUUUUUGGGGGGUUGUGCGCUGUCAGAGUAAUAUUCUCUUAGUUAUAAAUUAGGUCACUUCUAUUAGCUCUUGCACGUUCUAGAUUUGUUUUUUUGAACAUCUGAACAUUCAUCUGUCACCAGUCAAAAGUAGCCACAAACCAAAAACCUUAUUUUCAGGAGGGAAUUUGAAGCAUACUGUCAUCCCCUGAUUUCCAUGAUGCAAUCCAUGUUUGUGAAAUGUUUUUUUUUUGCCAGACCACAGUGAAUGGAGCUUUUGACUGGAAAAAGAAAAGUAAGCUCUCCAAAAGUUUCCAAUCAGUCAUGCACCUCUUUUCUUUACACACUGGUGAAAUUGAAUUUUUAAAUAUAACUUCCAAAUUACAGUAUAUCCAUCCAGCGUGCUUCUGUUUGUUAAAAAUACCUUUUGAGGCUUGGGUUACAUGAGAAUGAGGGUUGUUGCAAAUAUUCAGAUUGUGUUUGACAAAGAUUAAUUGAGACAUGGGUACAUUUUUAACGAUGAACAUGCGCAUUGUGCGCAGUAAAUGAUUUUUAUGUUAACUGAUAAAUUUUGUAAAUUUAUGUUGGGCUUUUAUUCAAUAAAAUAUUGGAUGAAUUUACAUUAA